AUGGAAAUAUCAAAUUGCCAAAACGAUCUAAUAAAUCGAAGUAGCGCGUGCUUCAAUAUUUCAACAAAUUUGACGAAAUCUGGAAGAGCUGCAAGAAAUGGAAAAUAUGCUUGCGGGUACUGUGAUGAAAAGUGUGUUUACAGUGCAAUAGAACUCGGAUUUACGAUCGGUGUUUUAGCUAACUUGUUGGUAAUUGUUCGCGUGAUUAGGGACCGGAAAUUGCGAGAUCCAUCAUUUAUUGGAAUAGCGGCUCUCGCAGUGGCUGACCUUUUGUUUUUGACCUUGAAUCUUACUGUGUCUUUUGAAACUGUGAUUAUUUCGUACACGUGUACACGUCCGGUGAUUAUCAGCCGACCAUUUUAUAUAAUGAAUUCAAUGUGUUGGUUUGCCGCCAACUCCCACGUGGCACUACUUGCGGUUAUUCGGUACGUGUCAAUAGCUCGUCCAGUGAGUGCGAGUGUAUUCUUACGCCCUGCUAGAGUGAUACUACUUUCUUGCUGUGUCUGGGCGCUCGGCAUGAUAUUACUGGGGACAUUAGCUGGGCUUAUAACUCUUCGAAUAAUUAUUCCCGGAACUUCACAUGAAUUUAUUAUCGUCUGGUGGAUAACAGUGUAUCUUCUUCCGCUAGUUGUUACAAUAAUUCUUCAUCUACUUAAAAUAGUCAUCGUCAGAAGAUCUUUCAGAGUGUCGUCUGCAAAAGAAACAAACCGGAAGUUGGUACAGCGCAUGUCAACUAUUGUUGUUAUGGUGAUAGUUAUGGCGACCGUUCUUCCAUUGCCGAGACUAAUUUUUAAUUGUCUAAGAGUUGUUGGUAACAGCGCGUUUCCAUCAAAAGAAUUCAAAACUCAUUUUCGAGGAAUAUCGCACAUGUUGUUUCUAAUUAAUCACUUUAUAAAUCCGUUUAUGUACGCUUUAAUGUCGAGGAAAUUCCGACACAGUUUGAAAGAAGCAUUUUUCUGUGUUAGAUUUAGAACAAGUACAACAGAAAACUCUGACACAGUUGAAUCUCCAUUGUCCUCGGAAAGACGUCAAACAUCUCUAGAAAUGGCGACACAAAAUACACAAACAGGAAAUGUGACACAAAAUACACCCAUAGAAAGUGUAACACAAAAUGCACAUUUAGAAAGCGUGAGUCAGAACUCUCCGCUGGAAAUUGUAACAGACAAUACACGUUUAGGGACGGUAUAA